UUUGAGCAGCAGUAUGCAUGUUCGCCAGGGACUCCGCGAAGCGCUCAUGUCCCAGCAGUGUACCUCACCGCCCAGAGACCAUCUACUCAAGAGUCGAGGAUAAUAAAAUUGGAUGAGGCAGGCGGACCGGAGGCGGAAAGCCCGGAGUGACCGGAGGAAUACAGUAUUACUACAGGACUGCAGGCUGCCGCACUCCUCUGAACGUGGACAAUCAUGCAUGUGCUCUUCUGGGGCUUGGGGUUCCUACUAUUCCCUGAUUUCUUGAAUGUAGUCGCAUCUACAGGGAGAUUGCUUCUGAAUUCAAGCACAGUAAAAGAGGAGAUCGGCGCUUAUGAGAUUGUAACACCGGUGCGAGUGAAUGAAGCCGGUGACAAGUUUCCAACCAGUGUGCACUUCAAGAGGAAAAGACGAAGUUUGGACGAGAGCACCGGCAACACUACGGAUCACUGGGCCUCGCCAAAUAUCCACUACAGGAUAUCUGCUUUCGGACAGAACUAUCACCUCAACCUCACGCUGGAUUCGGGAUUUAUCGCACCUUUCUACACUGUGACAAUACUUGGAGUACCCCGAGGAGAUAACAUAACGGAUUUUGCAACAGAUGGGGCGGUGGAGGAGGAGGAGGAGGAGGACACGGAGUUAAGGCACUGCUUCUAUAAAGGACAUGUAAAUGCACAAGCAGAACACGCCGCGGUCAUCAGUUUGUGCUCCGGACUGCUUGGCACUUUCAGGUCUCCAGAAGGGGAGUAUUUUGUGGAGCCCCUACAUAGCUAUCAAGGAGAACACUAUGAAGAGGAACACACAAAACCUCAUAUUGUUUACAGGAAGAGUGAACCCAAGAAACAAUCAUCUGGGGAGAACUCAGCUUGUGACACUUCAGGACACAAACAGAGACAUAAGAGGCACAAGCUGAAGAGAAGGCCAGCAGCUGGGGUGACCACUGUGUCCAAUACAGCCCCUGUGGUCAGUGCUGGUAUAUUCAGUGACGUGGAGUCAUUGAGUUCUGGCCUUGCCAGCAAUGUUUUACUCAGAUCAGAGAGCAGCAGUGCUAGCGCUAGACCAUCAAAUGAUAGCAGUGGUGACUCAGGACCUCACAGGAGAUCAAAACGCUUCCUCUCCUACCCGCGCUUUGUUGAAGUCAUGCUGGUGGCCGACAGCAAAAUGGUGGAGCAUCAUGGCAGCAAUCUACAGCACUACAUACUCACAUUAAUGUCCAUAGUGUCUUCCAUAUACAAGGACCCCAGCAUUGGCAACCUGAUUAACAUUGUGAUUGUGAAGUUAGUCAUAAUAAACAACGAGCUGGAUGGUCCAGUCAUUUCAUUUAAUGCACAGACCACUUUAAAGAACUUCUGCAUUUGGCAGCAGAGUCAGAACAUCCUGGAUGAUAACCACCAUUCCCAUCACGACACUGCAAUCCUCAUCACCAGGCAGGACAUCUGCAGAGCAAGGGAUAAGUGUGACACCUUAGGACUUGCAGAGUUGGGCACGGUGUGUGAUCCAUACAGGAGCUGCAGCAUCAGUGAGGACAAUGGACUCAGCACUGCGUUCACUAUUGCCCAUGAACUUGGCCAUGUGUUCAACAUGCCUCAUGAUGACAGUAACAAGUGUAAGGAGGAUGGCGUUAAGAUUCAGCAACACGUGAUGGCUCCCACACUUAACUACAACACAAACCCUUGGAUGUGGUCCAAGUGUAGCAGGAAGUACAUCACAGAGUUCCUCGACACAGGAUAUGGUGAAUGCUUGCUCGACGAGCCAGUUUCUAGGCCAUACAGUCUCUCGCAGCAGCUGCCUGGACGGAUAUACAAUGUCAAUAAACAGUGUGAAUUGAUAUUUGGGCCGGGAACACAGGUGUGCCCUUAUAUGACUCAGUGUCGGAGGCUGUGGUGCACCAGUCCAGAGGGUGCCCAGCAGGGUUGCAGGACCCAGCACAUGCCAUGGGCAGAUGGCACUGACUGCUCCCCAGGAAAGCACUGCAAACAUGGCCUGUGUAUAGCCAAAGAGCAUGAUGCCACACCUGUGGAGGGGGCAUGGGGAGUCUGGAGCCCUUUUGGUACCUGUUCGCGGACAUGCGGUGGGGGCAUCAAGAUCGCUGUGCGCGAAUGCAACCGACCCGUGCCCAGGAAUGGAGGAAUGUAUUGUGUUGGUCGCCGGAUGAAGUUUCGUUCCUGUAACUCUGAGCCCUGCUCCAAGCAGAAGAAGGACUUCAGGGAGGAGCAGUGUGCUGCUUUUGAUGGCAGGCACUUCAACAUCAACGGUCUACCUCCUAAUGUUCGCUGGGUGCCCAAGUACAGCGGAAUCUUGAUGAAAGACAGGUGUAAGCUGUUCUGCAGGGUGGCAGGCAGCACGGCCUACUAUCAGCUCAGGGACAGGGUCAUUGAUGGCACGCCGUGUGGACCUGAUACCAACGACAUCUGUGUCCAGGGCCUGUGCAGGCAAGCGGGCUGUGACCAUGUAUUAAACUCUAAAGCCAGGAGAGACAAAUGUGGCGUGUGCGGAGGUGACAAUUCUUCCUGCAAAACUGUGGCAGGCACCUUCAACAUUGUCCGCUAUGGCUAUAAUGAAGUAGUGCGAAUACCCAGUGGUGCUACAAAUAUAGAUGUGCGUCAACACAGCUACUCAGGGAAACCGGAGGAUGACAACUACCUCGCCAUAUCAAAUAGCCGUGGAGAGUUCCUGCUUAAUGGAGAGUUUGUGGUCAGCAUGUUCAAAAGGGAAAUCAAAGUAGGAAAUGCCGUCAUCGAGUACAGUGGCUCUGACCAUGUCAUUGAGAGGAUCAACUGUACUGACCGUAUCGAAGAGGAGAUCAUUGUCCAGGUGCUAUCUGUGGGGAACCUUUACAACCCAGAUGUCAGGUACUCCUUCAAUAUCCCUAUAGAGGACAAACCUCAGCAGUUCUUCUGGGAUGCCUAUGGGCCCUGGCAGGAGUGCAGCCGUCUGUGCCAAGGAGAGCGAAAGCGUAAAAUUCUCUGUAGCAGAGAGUCGGACAGGGUGGUGGUGUCAGACCAGAGGUGUCAUGGCACAGCCAGACCUGCUGUGAUCACUGAGCCCUGCAACACUGAAUGUGAACUCAGGUGGCACGUGGCCCGUAAGAGUGAGUGCACAGCUCAGUGCGGUCUGGGGUAUCGUACCCUGGAAAUAUACUGUGCCAAAAUCAGUCGUGCAGAUGGCAAGACCCAGAAGGUUGAUGACCGCUACUGUAGUGGUCAGCGCAAACCUGAUGACAAGGAAGGUUGCCAUGGAGACUGUAACCCAGGUGGCUGGGAGUACUCUCCUUGGUCAGAGUGCUCCAAGAGCUGUGGUGGGGGCACCCGCCGUCGAGGGGCAGUGUGUCGAAAGGCAGCUGAGACUGGCGGUGAUGAGAGCAAAUGCAGUCAAAGGGACAAGCUGACCGUCCAACCCUGCAAUGAAUUCCUCUGUCCACAAUGGAAGACUGGUGACUGGUCUGAGUGCCUCGUGACUUGUGGGAAAGGCUACAAGCACCGUCAGACCUGGUGUCAGUUUGGUGAGGACCAUCUAGACGAUCACUUUUGUGGCUCAUCUAAACCUGAGUCUGUGCAGACGUGCCAGCAGCAGGAGUGUGCCUCUUGGCAGGUCGGACCCUGGGGACAGUGCACUACCUCGUGUGGGCCAGGCUACCAGAUGCGAGCGGUGAAGUGUGUGGUUGGCUCUUAUGGUGCUGUCAUGGAUGACACCGAAUGUAACGCUGCCACCCGACCCACCGACACCCAGGACUGUGAACUGGCUCAGUGUCCCAGCAGCCACCCUGUUCCCCCAGGAACCAAAGUCCCCUCCCACCAGGGCCACAAAACCCAGUGGCGGUUUGGUUCCUGGACCCAGUGUACUGCCAGCUGCGGCAAAGGGACACGGAUGCGCUAUGUGAGUUGCCGUGACAACCAGGGUGGUGUAGCGGAGGAGUCAGCGUGCGCCCACCUACCAAAGCCCCCUGCCAGAGAAGUGUGCUCAGCAGUGGCCUGUGGACAAUGGAAAGUGCUGGAAUGGACAGUGUGCUCAGUUACCUGUGGCCAGGGGAAGACGACACGGCAGGUACUGUGCGUCAUCAGUGACCAAGAAGUGAAUGCUAGUGAGUGUGACCCAGACGAUCGUCCUACCACAGAGCAGGACUGUGCUAUGUCUCAAUGCCCGUCCCGCUCCAGUGAGUCCCGACCUUUGCCGUCCUCACCAAACGCCAGCGCCAGGAACAACCUGCCCCGUAGCCAAUCACACCAAUGGCGGACUGGACCCUGGGGCGCGUGCUCCAGCACAUGUGCAGGAGGUUUCCAGCGGCGUGUAGUAGUGUGCCAGGAUGAGAACGGCUACCCUGCCAACAGCUGUGAGGAUCGCAGCCGGCCCAAUGAGCAACGAUCCUGUGAGUCAGGGCCAUGUCCACAGUGGAUCUAUGGCAACUGGGGCGAGUGCACCAAGCCAUGUGGAGGUGGGAUAAAGACGAGGUUGGUGGUGUGUCAGCGUCCAAACGGCGAGCGUUUCAAUGAUCUGAGCUGCGAGAUCCAUGACAAGCCACCAGAUCGUGAGCAGUGCAAUACUCAGCCAUGCCCGUCUAGUCCCCACUGGAGCACAGACCCAUGGAGCUCGUGCUCGGCCUCCUGUGGAAGAGGGUUCAAGUCCCGUAAGGUGAACUGUGUGACCGGGUCAGGCCGUCCGGUCCCGGAGGAUAACUGCCAGCACCUGUCCCCCAAACCCAGCAAGCAGAGGCGCUGCCGAGGUGUACGAUGCCCCAAGUGGAAGACUGGCAACUGGGGAGAGUGUUCAGCUUCAUGUGGCGACGGCGUCCAGCAACGGGAGGUGUUCUGCCAGGUUGGAGACCGACGGAGCUCGCUGGAGACCGGCUGCUCCCAGCGCUCGAGACCGGCGUCCAGCCAAAGCUGCCGUGUCGCUGACUGUCCCUCCCGGUACCGGUGGAAAGAAGGAGACUGGCAGACGUGUAGUAAGUCAUGUGGAUCGGGCCACAGACGACGAGCCUUACAGUGUGUGGACCACAAUCAGCAGGAGGUCCAUGAGAUGUACUGUGUGAAUCAGAUCAGACCUCCAGACAUAGAGAGCUGCAACACCCACACCUGUGAAUUCAUCUGGAUCACAGGGGAAUGGACUGAGUGCUCAGCCAGCUGUGGCCAGGGCUACCGCCAGCGUCUGAUCUCUUGCAGCGAGGUGCAUGUGGAGAAUGACAACUAUGAGUACGGCCAUCAGUCUUUGUCUAACUGCCCCGGCACCCCUCCUGAGAGCUACAUGCCUUGUAAUCUGGACCCGUGCCCGGUGCCACAGGAGUGGAGGGUUGGAAUCUGGGGACCGUGUUCAGCGAGCUGUGAUGACGGAGUAAUGGAGAGGUCGGUGCAGUGUGUGUCAGCAGAUGGCCAAGAAACCAGUAGGUGUUCUCUCGACGCCAAGCCAGAAGCCAGAGAAGUCUGCAGAAAUCCAAGCUGCCAUUUGCCUUCCAGCUGUCAGGAGGUCCAGAGCACGAAUGGCCCCCUCUCAGACAGCGAACACAUCCUCAAUAUUCAGGGAAAAGCACUCACGGUCUACUGUGCAGGAAUGCAAACAGAGAGUCCAAAGGAGUACAUCACCUUGAUGAUGGGAGAAGGGGAGAAUUUUUCUGAGAUCUUUGGCUUCAGGCUAAAUGACCCCACCCAGUGCCCAGCCAAUGGCUCCAGAAAAGAAGACUGUGACUGUCGGAGAGACUACACUACUGCUGGCAUCACCACCUUCUCCAAAGUCCGUCUGGACAUCAGCAAGAUGAACAUCAUCACUACAGACUGGGAGUUUGCUUUCACUCGUGAAGGCAAAAGCGUUCCAUUCGCCACAGCUGGAGACUGCUACAGCGCCGCCAAUUGUCCACAGGGCCGGUUCAGGAUCAACCUCUCAGGAACAGGUCUCAAGGUGGCUGAGGACACCUCGUGGAUCUCUCAGGGCAACUAUGCAGUGGCUGAUGUACGAAAAUCACAGGAUGGUAGCAGAGUGUCAGGAAUAUGCGGGGGCUACUGUGGUAAAUGUACUCCGUCCUCUGGCUCCAGUCUGUCUGUAACACUGGAAUAGACCUGAUACCAUCCAACAGAUUUCCAAUCAUCUCGGCAGCCUUCUCCAGGUGCUCAUCGUGUCCACUCAUCCCUCCUCUUUGGUGCUGCAGCCAAACAGCUCAAAUCCAUCCUUCACAUGACCUCUUUUACUCCCGUGUGUGUAUAAUGUAAAUUAAGCUGGUGUAAGUACUGUACAUAUCAGGGUAAAAAUGUCUUAUUUAUUGUACUCUCCAUUUAUUUUUGUAUUAUAAUGUAAUUUAACUGUUUUGUUGUCAAUAGCGAACACCGCACAGUUGCCAUUUAUCAGAUUUUUUUUUUUUUUGCCAGAAAGUGCCUUCCAUUUUGGAUAUUUGCCAUUUAUUCUGUUGUUACACCACAGUGCGUGUGUUACAGCCGUAUGUUCCUUCUUGAAACCGGUUCCGUAAAUUGUGUUUAAUCCAGCAGUGUUAUAGCUUUGAUGGCCGGCAGUCUUAUUGUUCAUAUGCAGUGAGGUGUCUCCAAUCAGUGGGUCCUUUUUUUUAUUUUUAAUCAUCACUUCAGGCAAGACUUCUGUACUACUUCCUGUACUACACUGUGUUCUAUUAAGCAGCUCUUUUAAAAUACUUUUUUGCAUUCAGUGAAGUGCUAUUUUUUAUUACUUUGAAUGUAUAAUUAGUCAUACGAUACCAAUCCAGAGAUCCUUGCAGUCACAAGUGGGCUUUCAUAAGCUCUGGGCAACUGUUGCUGUUAAUUCAUCCAGCCUUUCAAUCCAGCUGUGGAAUUCAGCUCCUACAGUGACCAGUGCCACGUGAACACUUCUAAUGUCAGUUUACUUCUGAGGUGAUGUAUUUGUAGCCGAUCACAGUGAAAAACCCAAUGUGUUUUAUGCAGGCUGCUCCAUCUGCAUCUCUCCAGCUGCUAACUGCAGCUGCAGAUCCUCGUCCAGCUGGAUGGGAGAGGAGAGAGUGCAGGCUUGUGAACCGUCGUACAUGCUCAUUAACUGCGGUGUACUAGGGUCAGCUGCCACAAAAACACACACUGCAGGAAAAAGCCAGGUGUUGCCUCCAUGGCAACCACACCUGCAUUGGUAUAUACCCAUAUUGAUACUGUAAUUUGAAGUACUUUCAUUUAAGUUAGUAGAAAUUAUAAGGUGAAAUAGUUUUGGCACUCUGAACAGUAUUUUCGGUAAAAUUUGAUGCACAUAUCAGCAUCGUAUCAGUCUAAAUAUGUUUAUGCCAAGACUGGGUUGUGGGUUUGGAAUUUACAGCCCAGAUUUAAGGAGGAAGUUUACCCAUACACAAAAUUACUGAGGCACAACAAACAAAUACACACACACACACACACACACACACACACACACACACACACACACACACACACGCGCACACACACACACACACAUCACUGGCUCACAGGGAGAAGGUUGUAGGUUACAGGAACCGGAGAGAUUAUGCUGCCAGACAUCUGAGAGACCCAAAUUCCUCUGUAUAUCUCUCAGGUAGUGUGCAGUGACCAGGGAGAGCCAUUAGCCUUUUAGCUUUUACCGAGCAGACAGGUUAUCUUAUCUGGACCAACUUGAAAGAAUUCGGAAAACAGAGACUUCACCUCAGGCCAGUAAAAUUCCAGCAGAUACUCUGGAGAUAUAAUGCACUGGUCCGGCCCUGGAGACACCUCUCAAGCUGCUGAGCUCAGAGCCCCCGCAGCGUGGUUUCUGUCCAGAUGCUGCCCGUAACCCCUGCCUCUUGUACCUCACGUUCUUCUCUUCAUCGUUGUUUUUAAGAGUCUGUCCAAACUGUACAUAAUAAUAUUCUUGUUCUUUGUGACAAUAUCAGGGUACUUUUUAUUUUGUGUAAAUGUAUGAUUUUGCAUCUCUUUAACCACUGUUACGCAGUUUUGUGAGUUGUUUUUUAUCUUGUUUUUUUUUUUAAAGAAACGUGAAGAAUGGAGAAAUACUAGAUGCAAGACAAAAUUAUUCUUUACAUUUGUUAAGCCUUUAGGAGCACAGUCAGUAUUUAGGGUACAUACUAUAUGUACAACUGAUUAAGAACCCAUGUUUGCUUUUAUAAGCUGUUUUGUAUGGUGCUAUUUCAGCGCUUUAUGUGAUGAUGUGCAGACUUCAGCCAAAGGGAAAAUCACACAGUUUUAAUCUGCAACUAAACAAGUAUGAAAAGAUUUCUAAAAGCAUGGGGAAGAAAACAUUUUGUGUCUUACUGAUGGACACAAAUGAAAAAUGCACUUCACUCAUUGUGAAUGUCAGAAUAUAGUUCAGUCCACAGUGUUCUCAGGUGUCACACAGCAAGUGAAGGGAUUAUUAUGAUAUUUAAGUGUAUUGAUCUUAUUUUACAUAUUUGCCACAUGUUAAUCAGGUAACUGACCAUGUAUUAUUGAAGUUUAUCUUUGUGAAGUGUCUUUACAUAUGCUUUAUUUUAUAUGCAAUAUUUAUUUAACAUAGGCUUUGACCAUAAAAGACUAUGAAUUUCCAUGCAGUAUUGCCAUAAAAUGAACCGUCUGGUGACACAUUUCCUGUUUUGUGAAUACAUUUAUUUAUAUCUAUGUCAAAUCUGCAGAAAUUGUAUAAGCAGAUUUUGGUGCUGCCAUAUGAAAUGCAUGAUGUAUGUAUGAGAUCUGAUAAGAAUCUGAUAAUAAAA